CGGAUGCUGACGCCGAAAUCUCGAGGCGUUGUUACUCCUUCCACGACGUUGCACAAGGUCAUUCAAAGCUAAAACAAUAUAAAGUCCUCCAAAGCUGCUACUCAGCAAAAUCUGGCACCAUUCGCUUUGCUCAAUCGAAAACAUCAUCAGACUACUCAGCGAGCAAUAAGCUACUCGAAAUGGCCUCCGUUGCAUCAAAACUAUCACUCGUCCAAGUACCGAAUGUGGAGGAAGACACCAAGCGUGUCUUUGCAGUUCUGCAGCAAGGUGGACUGGCAAUUAUUCCAGUGUCAGUCGGCUAUGCCAUCGUAGCAACACACACAGUGGCUCUCGAGCGAGCGUUCACAACGAAACAACGAGGAGCCCACAAGCGUCAUGCCAUGAUCGGAAGCUAUGCACUGCACAAAUCAAUCCACGUCCUACCACCACGAGAGCAAUCCAUGGUCGACUUCCUCAUCCGAGAUCUUCAGAUCCCUCUAGGUCUCAUCGCACCCUUCAAACCAGACCACCCCAUCAUCAAGAAACUCGGAGCCGAAACUUUGGCAAGAUCAAGCAUCGAAGGAACACUGGCAAUGCUCUGCAAUGGAGGUCGAUUCAUGGAUGAACUUUCACGUCUUGCGACCGAAGCAGGUGUUCCAUUGAUGGGCAGCUCAGCGAACAUGACCGGCAAAGGCACGAAAGCUUAUGCGGAAGAAAUCGAGCCUCAAAUUCUGGAAGCUGCUGAUAUCAUCAUCAACUAUGGAAAGCAGAAAUAUAGCACUCCGAGAACAUCUUCUACCAUGAUUGAUUUCCGCGGUCCAAGUUUGCUGCGGUUUGGAGCUUGCUAUGAUACUAUUCGGGAUGUCAUGAAGAGAUUCUAUGGAAUUGAGUUUCCUGAGGAUCCAGGCAAGGAUACUCUCUUUAGCGGACAUGCUACGGAGGCGCAGAAUAAGUAUUAGAACAGCCAAGUACAGAUUUGAAUAGCAUUUUCAAG